GGUGCGUGGCCGGGUCUGGGCGGCAGCCGGGCCGUGGCAGGAAGCCGGAAGCAGCCGCGGCCCCAGCUCGGGAGACAUGGCGGGCGUUAAAGCUCUCGUGGCAUUAUCCUUCAGUGGGGCUAUUGGACUGACUUUUCUCAUGCUGGGAUGUGCCUUAGAAGAUUAUGGCGUUUACUGGCCCUUGUUUGUCCUGAUAUUUCACGUCAUCUCUCCCAUCCCCCAUUUCAUUGCCAAAAGAGCAACUUAUGACUCGGACGCCACAAGUAGCGCCUGCCGGGAGCUGGCGUAUUUUUUCACUACUGGAAUUGUUGUCUCUGCCUUUGGAUUUCCUGUUAUUCUUGCCCGUGUGUCUGUGAUCAAAUGGGGAGCCUGUGGCCUUGUGCUGGCAGGCAAUGCAGUCAUUUUCCUUACAAUUCAAGGUUUUUUCCUUGUAUUUGGAAGAGGAGAUGAUUUUAGCUGGGAGCAGUGGUAGCACUUUAUUCUGAUAAAAUGCAUUUUAUUUCUUAGAAGUCAUACUAUAUGUAUUUGUGUGCACAUGUGGCCUUUUAUUAUGAAAUUUCAUAUGCUAUUUUUUUUAUACCUUUAUAUCCUAUUCACUGUAAGAAGGACUACAUGAGAAAAAGAUUAGUUUUAUUUCCAGCCAACAGACCUCUCCCUUUUCUCAAGUUGAAUUAUGUUACUUGUUGGGCUGUUCAUAUACUAAUGGUGCUCUCAGAAAACACAUGAACACAGUCUUGUAGAUAGCUGCUCACUUGUGCAGUGCACCUUUUGCCCGGGGAUGUGCCUGGGUAGGCAGGUAACACUGGAGCGAGUCUCCAUUCUGCCCAGGACUUCCAAGAUGUACUUGUGGCCCAGAGAGACGGAGGUGGCUCCCUCUUUGUGUUGUCGAUAGAUCCUUGCUUCUCAAAGUGCGGUCCGUACAGCACCAGCCUCUCCCAGGAGCCAAUACGUCCAGAAUCAGAGGCCCCACCAGGGACCCAGCGCAUUUUGGAUGAGAUCCCAAGGGAAUUAUAUGUACAUGCAAGUGUGAUAAGUGCCGUCACAGAGGAAUACUUAUCACAUCUAGCAUCCUUGUCUUCCCUUUGGCUGAACCACUUAAUCUCUCUGGGCAUUAAGCGGCUCAUUUGUAAAAAUUGUUUUCCGAGUCUCUUUGGUAUUUGUGAAACGUCCAAACCGAUAAUCUCGUUCCUCACGUUUGUGGAACUGUUCUCACACUGUCUGAAAGGCAGUGGCUGUUUGCACAGUGCUGGGGGAACAGAAUCGCCCCAGAGCCCCACUGGCAUGCACCGAGGGAGCCAGGCUUGAGCCAGUCCCUGCUUUAGCAGGGUGGGCAAGAGCAGACAGGUAAUACUGUUUCAUUUCCCUUUAUAAUCACACACUUCUCCCCAGCUCCUUCUCUGUGAUGCUGUCCACCUCCACCCUCCCAAACACACACACUCCCCGCAGUUCCGACUUGCCCUUACUUCCUCACGGCUCUGCCUCUUCCUCUCUAUAGAGCCAUGGAGCCAAGUAAGCAGGCAGAGGGUGAGCUGCUUAAUUUUCUUCACAUGUUGAUGUACUUACUGUCUUUCAUGCCUUGUAGAUCUAUAAAACAUCUUAUGCCACUUUUAAAUGAAUCAUUGGGAAUACCUGUCACGCUGGCUCCUCUAAGCAGUUUUUCUAGCUCAACUUUUUGUCCCAAGGUCUGUUGAGAAAGGGAAAUAUGGGAACUAGAACCACUUGGUGAGAAUAUAAUGACUUCAAAGCAUUGUGAAUGUGUGGUAACUGAUACACAUUGAAAACACUGAAAUUUUGAAGUUCGGAAUCUGAGGAAUUAGUAUAUAUUUUCAUAUUCUGGAGUGAUCUGGGACCAGGAGAAGAGAAUGGUGAUACCUAAGAGGACAGUGUGCAGUUAUAUUUUGGCCUUGUGCAUGAUCUUUUGUUUUCAAAGUUCUAUGUACAUACAGAAUUGUUGAUGUUACUUCCAGUAUUUAUACUAGAAAAAUUAUAUAGACACUUUAUAAUUUUAACCAGCAUUUUUAAUAACACUUGCACUUAUUUUAUUGUAAUAAAUUUCUCUUUUAACACAAAAGAAAGUUUAAUUUCAAAAGUCUUUAUUCUGAUGUAGCCUUGCUUAAAAGAUAAAGUGAGAAUCUCUUGGUGUUCUGAAACGGGCAGUUUGAGCAAUAGAUUAUUGCUCAGUUAUAGCAAUAAAUUUUAAGAUACCAU